AUUAGAUAGACUAAUAAACUUCUGGCAGCCACAGAGUGAAAUAACCACAGAGGGCCAACAUGUCUAUAGACGGGACUAAGUUGUUGUUUGAGGGCUUCCUAGAGAAAAGAAGAGAUACUUUGAAAAUAAGCUGGGUGACGUAUUGGUUCCGGCUUCAAAACACAACCUUGUUCUUCUAUACAAAAAAGAAUGGCAGUGCUUCUCACUUGAAAGGCAAUUACUACAUUUACACGGUGCAGUCAGUGCGAGAGGUCCAGAGAGCGGACAGUAAGCGCUUUAUGUUUGAGAUCAUCAUGACCAAUGGAAAGAGAAAACUGUUGGCAGCAGAAACAGCAGCUCUCAGACAGGAGUGGGUAGGACACCUAUGGCAAGCCAUGCAUCUUUCUACCACUGGGGUCUCCAGAAGCAGCACACACCUUGAAGAGGGUGAGCAGCUAGAGAGAACCAACAGCAUCACACCCAUCCGCUCACACAGUGAGAGUGUGAUGGAGUCGCUGCCCGCUCGGCCCCUCUCUGCCCCUGCAGGCCACAUCCACCAUGUGAUCAGGAGCAUCGCCUCCCCCCUCCCUCACCCGCCUGAGGAGAUCACGGACCAAAACACACUGCCGGCCUGUAACUUCCAGCAUCACAACGGCGACAGUCUCAGCAGUCUCCAGUGUUCCAGCAGAAUGAGCAAUGCAGAGGGACAGGAAGGAGACUAUGACAUUUUACCAAAAAGAAAAAAAAUAUGUGAGAGCGGCACUUCAACAGAGAUGGCCGAGGGGGUGUAUGACAUUCCUCUCUCUUGCAGGAGGGCCUCUGAAAAUCCAGACCCCGCAGAGAACGUCUAUGAUGUGCCAAGCUCUCUUUUAAGGAAGCUGCCUGAUCACACUUCAGCUUUCAGCUCAGAGGAGCAGACUGAGGACGGACUCUACUGGAUGAUAUGAGGUCAAGUUUGAGGACACAACUGAUAGACUGGAGGGUAGCAGCAGCCUCAUCUGCUUCUUUCUUCUUUGUUACAAAGACUGUUUCUGCCUUAUAUCUGUAAGUGUGCUUAUUGCUUUGGCAGGUUUGAGGCAAUGCAACAGCAUUGAUGCAACAGAUGUAACAAGUGUCUUAUUUCUAAGAACUUUUGUAUCCAGACAGCAAGCAUGAUGAUCUCAAAGAGGUUCAACUGUGGUAUUUAAUUCAGCUCCUUCUAUACAAGACCGAGUACCACAUAGACAUUUAUAACUGCAGAAUACACUGUACAGAAAUGUCUACACAUCACGCGCUGUAGCGAGUCACACUAUAAUUAAAAACAGUAAAACGACUCAUUUACAUGUCACCUGCUUCACAGUUUGAAAGUGUACACCACCAACAUUGAUAUUGCUGUAUUACACACUUUGGAUUGGUUUGAAUAGGAAUGGUGUAAGCUUGGUUCUAAAACCCUUUAUGGGUUUAAUAGCAUAUAAGGUACAUGAUGAAAGGAAAAUAAAAUGAAAGCAUACCAACAUUUA